GUACAAAAUUUAUCUUCAUCGUCGUCUUCGAUCAAACAAACCCAAUUCCUGGCAAAAAAAGCAACAAAAACGAAAAAUCUCUACAGCGAUGUGUCAUCGAUUGAUGCCUAGGGUUCCUCCUCUUCUGCUUUCGUUUUUCUGUAGCUCGAUUCUUCUCAGCUCGCUUCCAGAAUUGAUUACAGCGGCGGUUGUAACACUAGAUUCGAUCGAGAUAUAUAAUACUCAUGAGUUUCUCGGAUUAUCACCGGAAGUUUAUUUUCAGUGUAAAGGUGAAAAUAGAACAAUAUAUUUGCCUGAUGUGAAGAAGAAACAUGAGUUGUAUACCUUCAAGGGAGAAGAGUCUUGGCAGCCUCUGACAGAACUUGAAGAAAAGAAGUGCAAACGAUGUGGGAUAUAUGAGAAGGACUCAUUUAUAAAGCCUGAUGAUAUAUUUGAUGAAUGGGAGUUCUGUGCAUCUGAUUUUACUAGUCCUGAUGGGAAGUAUAUUCAUUUCAAGGAGAAAGAGUUCAAUGCCACAUUUUUGUGUCCAGACUGUGUCCCUCUUGAAGGUGCUUCAAAUCACACUGAUGUCCCACGGAAUAAGGAAAAGGGAAUGCACUGGGCUCUAGUGCUGCUCAUCUGUGUGUUAGUGACGACUUUUAUAGUUCUUGGAGCAGUGACUGCCUACAAAUAUUGGCAAAAGAGAAAGAAACAACAAGAGCAAGCUCGAUUCUUGAAGCUGUUCGAAGAGAGCGAUGACAUAGAGGACGAAUUGGGCAUUGGACCACUUAGUCAUGUCAUUUAGGUAGAAAAGAAAAAAAAAAAAAACAUCCCCUUCUCAUAGUAUACCCUAAAACACUUGUACAUUGCUGUUUGGUUUCAAUCUUUUACUUGGAGGGAACUUUUGAGACAGUUGUAUAGUGUAAACUUAACAGAGUGAAAAUUUGUAUAAAUUCAUUGUACUACAAGAGAAAUGCUAAAACUCUAAACUGGUCCUUGCUCUUGUAAAAGAAAAGAUAUUCUGC